AGUGGGUGCGACCGUGCUCACAGGUUUAUCAUGUCCAAACCUGUUUACCUUGUGUGCGUUCUCACAUGCACACACUUUUCGCUCACACUCUGCUACUGAACGUCUCAGUUUUGUUGUUGUUGUUAAACUCGCAGUCAUGUCAGUCAAGGUGUUCUACUCCAGUGUGAGCGGCUCCAAUUCGUUAAGGAAUCACCAGUUAAGAAUCUUCGAUGUCCUCGAGUCCAAGAAGAUCCCCUUUGAGAAGAUGGACAUUGCCCAGGAUCCUGCAUAUAAGGAUUUAAUGAGGAAGAUUGCAGGGAACCCGACCGCGCUCCCCCCACAAAUAUGCAACGGCGACACAUACUGCGGGGACUUUCAGGCAUUCGAUGAAGCAAUUGAGAAUGAACAAUUGGAGGCCUUUCUCAAACUCUGAGAGGAGUUGUGACAGAGACACACAGGACUCCUCCACAACAUACGUCUGCCCAAAAAUGUAUUGAAUUAUGUACUGUAUUUCCUUUUAGUUAGAUACUUUUUUUUUAAAGAACACAAAUCAAUAAACAUGAAUU